CAUUUUUUCCUUUAUCACUUUAUGUGAAAAAGAAAAAAGAAAAAUGCCGCUAUCAAAAUUUGUUGAAAAUUACCUCAAUAUGGCGAUUAAUAAACAUAGAAACAGGUUACAUAACCACACAGACGUAACUAUGUUGGUAACACAUGCGUGUUUGUUAUCGAAGAAAUUUUCGUUCGUGGGCACAGGACAAGAAUUAAUUUAUAAUUUGACUAUAUCUACCGAGAAUGCGCAGACAACAAUCACUCUAAUGGAAAUGUCAACUAAGCACGGGCAUACUAUAAAAGUCAACACAGAUAUUGUUGCAACAAUGGUGGGGGAUUUGAUAGCCAUGAUUCCACGCAUUUAUAAGUUUUGGGAUCGUGUGGUCAACGAACUCAUCCGACCAACGAUAAAUUUGCCACCUGAUUCAGUCGAGAGAUGUACAUCUUCAGCAUCUUCAACUUCGUCGGAUUUGAAUGUUGAUGAUUCUAGUGAUGAAAGUGCUGAAAAUAGGUAUGUUCAUGGUAAACGUAAAUCGAAGAUAAAAAGCGUUUCUAUGUAUGUGCGGUGUUUGAAAAAAAAUUCGAACAACAAUUGUCCACUGUAGAAAAUUAGGGUUUGAAUUAAUUUUAUGAAUGAUAUAGAUACUCCAAGGAAAUUUUUAGUUAUUACAUAGACUUUUGCUUUUAAUAAUAGUGAUAUGCCCCUCUGCCAAAUCGACAACUUUCAAUAUUUUUUCAAACUCUCGAAUGUUUUGAGUUCUUAGAGAGCACUCUCACUGGCUUCUCAGUGUCUCCACUCAUUUGCAUAACUUUCAAUCUUGACUUUUCGUACGUAGAAUUGGCUUAGCCGUCAUAUAAAAACCUCCUUUCGAACUAAUGAUUUCAAUUCACAUGCCCCUCUGCCAAAUCGACAAUUUUCAAUAUUUUUCCAAACUCUCGAACGUUUUGAGUUCUUAGAGAGCAAUCUCACUGGCUUCUCAGUGUCUCCACUCAUUUGCAUAACUUUUAAUCCUUGAUGUGGUUGGACGCUGGAUUAAUGAAUAAACCACCCAACAUCCAAUUAACUUAAUGAAUUAAACCACAGCAAUGAAAUCCCUACUACCGUGCUAGAU